AUGAAUCUUGAGCGAUUGCUUUCUUUAAAUAAUACUGUUUUGAAUGUUGAUAUUAAAAAUAAUCAUGACACAACCUUUGAUUCUUUUAACAUUAACAAUAAUUUUAACAGUAAUGACAACAAAGCUCUUGACAGUGAUUUUAAUGAUAUUCUUGGUAGAAGUCUUAGUGAUAUUCUUGACAAAGACUUUAAUGACAACUAUAUAUUACAUGAAAUAACUUCAGUUAGUAAUAAUUCAGCCACAUUAACAGUUGGUCAAACUUUUGCUAAAUGGCAUGAUGUUGAGCAAUACGUUAAUGCCUAUGCAAUAAAGCAAGGCUUUGCAACAAGAUUAAAUUGCACAGAAAAAAAUCUAGGCUUUCUUACCAGAGCAAAAAUUGUCUGUCAUCAUGCAGGAACCCCAAGUGACAAAAGCACUAGAUUACAAACAACAAGAAGUAUUGCAAUUGGUUGUCCAUGGAAGAUAGUAGUUCGCUGA